GCGAUUCUCACUUUGAACCAAUCGGGAUGGAGAGCGUUCCACCAGUAACCAAUCAGGAGCGAAGCCUAGAAGAUAGGCUCAAUAAGGCGACAGAGCUAAGAGCUCUCGGUAAAGCUAGCGCGGGACUCGUAUAUCCCAGAGUCUAAGGUAGAGGGAGGAGGGGAGAGGGAGGUGUGGUGGGUUUUUUUUUUUGGUAAUUCCUACCGGGAUCGAAGCCUCUGAAAUAGCCUUUGGGGGGAACACGGCAUCCCAUCCCCCCUAAUAAAAUAUUUUGGUACUUGGCUGGGAAUGCCGGGAGGGCAAUUCCCAGCCCAGAAGGGUUAAAGCAUUUUGAGUGAUUUCCAUUGAAACGGGUCAACAGAACGUAAUCCGAAGGCAUUGUAUAAAUUAUAGGUGUUUACGGAAUGUGAGAACUGAACUAUAAUCCGAAAAGUAUCCGCGGUAGUUUUUUUUUUUUUUUUUUUUCUUCUGCAACCGAACCGGCUGCAAAAAGAAACUAAUCCGAUUGCAGUCGCCUUCGGAACAACCUACCCUUUGUCAGGGAGCGGAGAAGAAGAAAAAAAUAACCGCUUGUUCCGAGAGAGAUCCAGAUGUUCUGCUAUCAGGCCCGCUCCGGAGGAAAAAGACACGGAACCGGCCUUCGGCCUGCCAGAAAUCUCCUUAUCAGAAGCGGAGCAUGCAAAUAGAAGGAGAGGCGAGCGGGAUCACCAGGCACAAUAGGAGAGGCGGGGGUGGCACCCAGCCGCUCCUGAACUGCACUGAUCCGAGGAGCAGCCUGAGAGGGGGGAAAAAAGAGAAGAAGCCAGAAGGAACUAGGGGCGGACUGAAAAGACUGUAGCUGGCCGGAUUGUUGAAAAGACGAGGCGGCGACUGAUCCCAAGAGCCGCGGGUCCGGCAGGUGGUUCCUCCAUGUGGAGCCUCCAACCUAGAAGAGAGCUCGGAGAAGGCGGUGGAUUCCGGCGAUGACCGAGCUAAGCGAGGCCCAGACUUCCACACCUGCCGACACUGUUCCUAUGGACAGUAAUAUAGUGGCCAUUAUUAUAGCUACCACAGUUUCUUCCUCUGUGUUCAUCGUGGCCAUUUUGGUGCUGCUGCUCCUUUUGUACCACCGGGACCCUCUGUGCUGCCAAUUUCUGUGCUCUUGCCGACUCUUCCAGAGCCCUAGUCAGUAUGAAUGUCCUCCUUCUUACUUCAAUAGCAACCAGCGACUGGUGGGAUCCCAGUCUGGAGCACAGCGAAUGGAGACAGGUGCUGCUGAAAACCCUGGUGUCCAGGGAGAUGAAUUGUUCUGUGUUGGAAGCCCUGGUAGCUAUCAGCUUCCACAAUGGGAGCAGCCUCACCUACCAAGCUAUGAGAGUGUACGGAAAAAGGAUCGGCAGCGGGAAAUCCACCAGAUGAUUGCUGAUAGAUUUGGAUUAUGGGCAGAAGUCUCUCCAGAGUUGCCACCCCCUUAUGAACAGGCCUUGAGGUAUCCUGCCGCCUUGUCAAGAACCGGAGCCGGCUCAGAGUUGUCAACUAGGCAGAGCCUGCCAGAUAUGCUGCAAGCUUCUCCCACUUACCAAGCUCAGAGGAACACUUCUGUGUAGGCUGGGAAUGAGUCCUCCACACUCCAUGGCACAGACUGGGCAACGCUUUCGUUUCUGCAGGGCAAUUAGCCAAAGGAUGCUGAGGAAGUGGAAUGAAACUCUCCGGCAUUGUUGCAAAGCAAGCCAUGUUCUUUCCCCCCACCCCCCACUUACAACAAUUACAACUGUCUUGAACUAAUCCUUAAAGACAAAAAUUUACUCAUCCUGAUGGAACAAAUUGCCCUAGGGAAGUUCUGAUCAGCUUCUCUUUUUUAUACAUCAGACCCCAAAUAAACUUCCACCAAGAACAGCCUAGAAUCUUGAUUGGCUACGUUGUGUGGACUUCAAAUCCCAGAAUUCCCCAGCCGGGUGAACGUUGCCAUACUCUGGCCUAGAGACUAUUUUCAAGAUAUCUCCAGACGAUCAUCUUGCUGCAGGAGUAAGUCAAGCAGACACACCAUUGGAAUUUUAGUUUGAUCCCCCAGGAGCUAAACAUCAAAGCCAUUGAACUUUCCCUGAUUGUUGUUUUAAAGAGAUAAAGGCUUCUGGUUCAAAGACCACCCUCAGAGAAUGUACAGCAGCUCUUCCACCUUUAAAAAAAUACCUCUGUUAGAGCUGCCAAACUUUCAAGAUAUUUACCCAAACGUUUUAUUGUCUGUUAGCCAUCAUAGAACUAUAUCCACAGGACACCAUUCGGAGCUUCAAGUGACACAAUGAAUGUAUUUUACCCUCUGGCUAUUUUCAUUAAUCUAUACCAGUGGAUGAACUCUUUGGACAAAUUCUGGUGGGGUUUUUCUCCUUUUGAAGACAGAGUGGGAGCCCUUUUGCAGAUCUGGACAAGUUCAGAGAUUAAGUAGAAGACAAGUCUGGCACUUUCGUCUCAUGUUUCCCCAUUUGAAAUACAAACAGCCUGUUUUGCAGCCAAGCCAUAACUGAUAAAAAGAGUUACCUGUCAAAAUGUAGAAAUCUCCUCGGAAGGGAAGAUUUUGCUAUUUUCAUGUAUACCAGAAUUGUUUAUUCUGCUUGUCAGCUGGAGCUCAGACAAUCUUGAUAAGCUUAAAUCUAAUUUGCUGUUUGGAGGGGAGGGGGGCAGUGGCAGGUUUUUGUUUGUUUGUGUUUGACUAAUAAUCACUCCUAAUGUUCCUAAUGCUAUCAUUGAAAAUUAAUCUAAUUGGGAAAUGCUUGGGAUCGCUUCUACAGUCUAACAUGUAAGUUACCAGAAUGAGGUUACUGAUUUACCCUUUCCUGUCUGUGAGAUUGAAAAGAACGAAUGUGAGUUUAGGUAUAUUUGUGUUCAGGCUUUAUUUUAAGGACAGUUAAUGUAACACUCGAUAUGGCUAACAUAAAGAGAUAGCUGUAGUAAAUUUAUGUUUCUUUGCUCCUAUCCCAUCCCCCACCCUUAACACCUUGUACUACUGUAUUUCAUGUUUAAAGGCAAGCAGGCUUUCCUUUAAUUUAACAGUUAGGUUCAUACAUUGCAUGAAACCUCUGUUUUACCCAUGGUUUGUUGAACAGGCCAUGACCCAGUCAGCCAAAACCAAAGAAAUCACACUGCGGCUUAGCAUGCUGUAUUUAUACAGCUAAUUACUGUCUUGAGUUCCACAGCCUGUUGAAUGAUUUACUUGAACUUUAGUUAGAACUAUGGCUACGUAUCUGCAGAUAAAAAACAGAAGGAAAUGACGGUGAUUAGGGAGUGCACUGUUGCUAGCACCAAUGGGCCUCCAGUUUGCUGGUUUCACGCAUUGCAUUAAGCUAUAAAAAGAGUUUCAACUCAGAUUGCAAUAGGGAAGCCAGCCACCGUGACCUAUUGAAUAAUCACAUUUUGGCUUGGUGGGAUAUAUGAAGUCAAGUCAGAUUCAUUUUUACAUCAGAUCUUAAAAGAGAAGCAAAUCUGCUAAGACAACUCACCUCAUCUGGGGUUAGCCGUGGUAUUCAUUGACUGAGUUCCCAGAAUACCCAAAAUCAAAAUGCGGCUUGUUUUGCUUUGGGAUUAGUGGGGAUAUAUGAAUCUGGUUAUGCAUUUGUCAAUGAAACAUGAAAAAAUACAUGCCUGUAAUGCACAUGAAAGCUAGCACGAUUGCAUUUCAUAUUCUAACGGUGUACAGUACAAGGUGAUUAGACAGAUUAUUUUCCCAGUGAAGACAAGCCCUAAAUUUACAAUGUAUUUUUUUCAAAAAAAAAAAAAAAAAAAAAAGCAGGCAGCCAAUAAAGUAUGAGACUGGCUGAAUAAUGUAUGUGAUUUAGAAAGGAACAGGCACUCUUGCACUCUUCAGAUGGUUAAAUUCUUAACUUCUUAGGUCCCAGGAAAUGUAGCUAAUAGAAUAGAAUAGAAUAACAGAGUUGGAAGGGACCUUAGAAGUCUUCUAGUCCAACCCCCUGCUUAGGCUGGAAACCCUACAACACUUCAGAGAAAUGGUUAUCUAAUCUCUUCUUAAAAACUUCCAGCAUUGGAGCAUUUACAACUUCGGGAGGCAAGUUGUUCCACUGAUUGUUCUGUCAGGAAAUUACUCCUUCAUUUUAGGUUGCUUCUCUCCUUGAUUAGUUUCCACCCAUUGCUUCUUGUUUUACCCUCAUGUUCUUUGGAGAAUAGUUUGACUCCCUCUUCUUUAUAGCAACCCCUGUGAUAUCGGAACACUGCUAUCAUGUCUCCCCUAGUCCUUCUUUUCAUAAGCCUAGAACAGGAGUCUGCAACCUUAAACUCUCAAAGAGCCAUUUGGAUCAGUUUCCCACAGAAAAGAAAACAAUGGGAGCCACAAAACCCUUCCCGUGCCUGACUAUUUUUUGAGCGGCCACAAAACUAGCAUAUGUAGUUGAAUUAAACGUUCUGUUCUCUUCUGAAACUUUUGUUUUCUUGGAUUUAUCCAUGGUUGGCCUACCGGGGGUUGAAAAGCUCGAUAAAUUGUGUGCCGGAGGGUGUGGCACGUUGGCAGUUGUGACACCUAUUUUGAGUGACAGGGAGCCACAGCAGAGGGGUGAAAGAACCACAUGUGGCUCCAGAGCUGCAGGUUGCUGACCCCUGGCCUAGACAUAUCCAGUUCCAGCAAUUGUUCUUUAUAUGUUUUAUCCUUGAGUCCCCUAAUCAUCUUUGUUGCUCUUCUCUGCACUCUUUUAUUUGGUCUUAUUUCUUUUAAAUAAUUUAAAUCCUUCUAGCUGUAUGUUCCAUUUGUGGGUUUCAUCCCACCAAGUUUCCGUAAUAUCCGUAAUAUUGUUGUUUCCGGCAACAAUAUCAUAUUUGCCCUCAUUUACUUGAAUUUCUAAUUCACCGUUUAUUCCUCCUACUCUGCGCAUUGGUGUAUAGACAUUUGAGUCCAUUUUGACUGACCCUGUGUUUAUUUUCUACAUAACCUAUGUUGUCCCCUACUGCCUUACCAGUAAUGCAAUGGUCAAGGAAGGUUGUCACCUGUGCACUAGAACUAUAUGUGGCUACCUGAAGGCACAGGCAUUUAAGUUUUCAGGUUCCAUGGGUGAAAGCAGGCCGAAACAUAGACCUUGCCAUGGAAUUGCAUCCCAUCCCAUCUAUAAUCUUGACUGCCUAUUUUAUGCUGCAUCCCAGGUCACCUGCUUUUUCCUUCUUCAGUUGGUCACAGUGACAAAGACUGGAAUUGCAAUGUUGUAUAUUAAGGACGUGAUUUUUUUUUUUAAUAGCAGCAAGACCAGUCACCACUGUAAAAUAAUUUCAAAGUAAUGAGUAUUAACAGAUAAAUUAUCUAGAGACAAAACCAUAAAAGUCCCAGGUACCAUACACAGGUACCAUAAAAGUCAAAUUUAUAAUUAGUCUAAAGUAAUCAAGUUGUCUUGCUUCCUCCUUUUGUUGCAAUAAAGUUUGAAUUAUGUAUUGUUAUAAA